AUGAAAACAGAGCAGCAAAACGUCUCGGAAGAGGAUCUUGUUGCCGUCACCCAACGCAAUACGCGAGCCAAGACCUCAAUCAAUGGUGGAGAACCGAUCCUUGUUGACCUAACUUUUGAGAUAUGUUCAAGGCUGCCGGCAACAUCGAUAUCAAGACUUCGCUGCGUGUCGAAGCUCUGGGAUUCUUUCCCUCGCCUCCCUUACUUCAUGGAGUUGUUCUUGACCAGAUCUUUGGCUCGCCCACGUCUAUUGUUCGCCUGCCGGAAAGACAGACAUAUGUUCUUCUUCUCCUCACGGCAGCCUCAAAAUCUUGAAAAUAACAAAUCCUCUGUUUUAGCCGCCACUUAUCAUAUGAAAGUUCCUUAUCAUAUGAAAAUUCCUUAUCAUAGUUCUUCAUCUGAAAGAUGUAGUUCUGUCAGAGGCUUGGUGUUAAUUAGGGAUGAGCGGGUUUCAGAGGGAAAAGAGCGUAAGGUCUGGAUGAUAUGUAACCCCAGCACGGGACAAUAUGUGACCUUACCCAAACUCAAGACGAGGAAGAGGAAUGGAGUAAGAGGCUAUCUUGGAUAUGAACCUAUCGAGAAACAAUACAAGGUAUUCUCCGUGACCUGGACGAUUCAUGGAACUGAAAACACUGAGGAGCAUCAAGUUCUGACAUUAGGAACUGGCGGAGAACCCUCAUGGAGAAGGGUCGAAUGUUGCAUACCGCAUUUUAUUUUUUCUCCAUAUUAUAACCAUGUAUGCAUCAAUGGAGUUCUAUAUUAUCCAGCGAUCAACAGGACUACAAGGUGUUCCAUAAUCAUUCUCUUUGAUUUUAGGUCGGAGAAAUUCAGAGUUGUUGAAGUUACUGACCGUCCCACUAUUUCUGAUUUUUGUUCACUUCUGAUAAACUACAAUGGUAAAUUAGGUUUACUUCGGUUUCAAAGUUAUGAUGGUGGUAUCUAUGGAAGCUGCAACACAAGUAUUAGGUUGCGGGUUCUAGAAGAUGCCGAAAAACAUAAGUGGUCGGAGCAUAGAUAUGUAUUGCCCAUUUUUUGGGAAGGGGAAGACACAGUUGUACGCGUUGUUGGAGCGACUCGGAGAAAUGAAAUUGUGUUUUCAUGUUCUCAAUCCACGGGUGUGUACGUUUUCUACUACAAUACCGAGAGGAACGAAAUCAGAAGAGUCGAAAUACAAGGAUUGGAAUCGUUUAAGGGUCAUACCAUUUACACCUUUCUAGACCAUGUAGAGGACGUCAAUGUGAGGCAUAUGUAA